AGGUGAAAACGCAGCAUUCUUGCUUCUAAAUUCUGGCCGCAUCCGACCUCGAUCAAAGCUAAAAAUGGACGGAUAUUGCCAUUGCGCAGUCUGUCGACAGUAUCAGAAUUAACGUUGACAGCUCCACAUGAAAAACAACGUAAUUACCUAAAACCAAUGUUUAUUCAAGACAGUUCUUUCCGGCUUUCCUUUUGUUGUUGUCUUCUUUCACUUUGCUGGAUCCGGAUAUCUUCAAGUCCACUUCUAAGACUAAGGCCGGCAAAUCCCUGCUGAUCUUUGGAAACUAUAAAUUUUGCAUCUCAUUAGUCAGUCAUAACCUGCGAGCACAUACUGAAUCACAGAAGGAUCAAUUAUGGUCAAAUUCCAUCACUUGAUCUUCUGCUUUCUUGGGUCAGUUCUCGUCCAUCAACUCGGCUGCGAUGGGAAGGUGAUGAUGGAGUACAUCGGAGCCUCAGGAGCGGCUGUGAAGUUCGACUCUGUGCCCGUCGAAGAUGGCCUAGACUUCUACUUCAUCCUCGGCUUCGCCAUCGAUGCCGACUCCUCGGGCAAUCCCCAAGAUGGGGUCUUCUCACCCUACUGGGAACCCACAUUGACCCCGGACUCCGUUGCCGCCAUCAAGCAAAAGCAUCCCAACGUCAAGGCGCUUGCCAGCCUCUCUGGAUGGAGCCUAGGCCCCACGGUGCUCCGUUGGUAUGACCCAAAAGAUGCUGCAGCAUGGAUUUCAAAUGCCUUCUCAUCUCUCAAGUCUCUGGCCACCACCUACCAUCUCGAUGGGAUCGACAUCGACUAUGAGAACUUCCCGAAGCAUGGCAACACGAGCUUUGCCUAUUGCAUCGGCGAGCUCAUCACCCUCCUGAAGAACCAGAGCGUCAUCUCCACCGCAACCAUCGCUCCCUAUCGCCUCACCACCGGUCCUUACAUCGAGCUCUUCGAUGGGUACAGGGACGUCAUCGACUAUGUUAACCACCAAUUCUACACCGACAAAGUCAGGACCCCGAAGGGGUACUUGGAGGCGUUUCAGCUCCGAGCCAGUCAGUUCGACAAGGACAAGCUGCUCCCUAGCUAUGAAGUUAAAGGGAGAGGGAUUCAGGGGGACAUAUUUUUCGACGCUCUAAGUCUUCUGCAAGAGAACGGGUUCAAAAUUAAUGGGAUCAUGAUCUUCUCAGCCGACGCAUCAUUGUCGAAUGGCUUUUGCUAUGAGAGAAAAUCACAGGAGUUCCUACUUAAUUCAACCGGUGUGUGACUAUCAACCAAUUUGAGGUUGUAAUAAUUUCAGGGCACCUUACCACCCUAUCCAAUUAGUUAAAAUAACCAUUUUUCCGAGAGUAAA